CAAGACUCUUUUUCUACAUCACUACACAUCCAAUUCCAUAGCAUUGGAGCUCAAGAAACUCCAAUCUCACUGAAACAAAGUUAACUCUUGGCACCAAUUAUCAUAGUUGAUAACAUCAUAUUCAGGGAAUGAGGCUUGUCAUAUCAGCCGUAUGCGUUAUUGUGCUAUUCUCUUGUGCAGCUGCGUAUGAUCCUUUGGAUCCAAACGGAAACAUAACGAUCAAAUGGGAUGUUGUGUCUUGGACACCAGAUGGCUAUGUAGCUGUGGUAACAAUGAGCAAUUUCCAAAUGUUUCGGCACAUCAUGAAUCCUGGAUGGACCUUGGGAUGGACAUGGGCAAAGAAGGAAGUUAUAUGGUCCAUGGUAGGAGCUCAAACCACAGAGCAAGGAGACUGCUCUAAGUUCAAAGGCAAUGUACCUCACUGCUGCAAGAAAACUCCAACUGUUGUAGACUUGCUCCCUGGUGUACCUUACAACCAGCAAUUCUCAAACUGUUGCAAGGGUGGAGUGGUGGCAGCAUGGGGCCAAGACCCUUCAGCAGCAGUCUCAUCUUUCCAAGUGAGUAUUGGUCUAGCUGGUACUUCAAACAAGACAGUUAAACUCCCCAAGAACUUCACUCUCUUGGGUCCAGGGCCAGGCUACACUUGUGGCCCUGCCAAGGUUGUUCCUUCCACCACUUUCCUUACACCUGACAAGCGCCGUAAGACUCAAGCACUAAUGACAUGGAAUGUUACUUGCACAUACUCACAAUUUCUGGCUAGAAAGAACCCAGGUUGCUGUGUAUCUUUGUCAUCCUUCUACAAUGAGACCAUUACCCCUUGUCCCUCUUGUGCCUGUGGCUGCCAGAACAAGAGGAAUUGUGUCAAGGCUGACUCUAAACAUCUCAGAAUGGUAGGGAUUCACACUCCAAAGAAAGAUAACGAACCAUUGCUACAGUGCACACAUCAUAUGUGUCCGAUAAGGGUACACUGGCACGUCAAGGUCAACUAUAAGGACUAUUGGCGAGUCAAGAUUGCCGUAACAAAUUUUAAUUACAGGAUGAAUUACUCCCUCUGGACUCUUGCUGUUCAACAUCCAAAUCUUAACAAUGUCACCCAAGUUUUCAGCUUUGAUUACAAGCCUAUACUUCCCUACGAAUCCAUAAAUGACACUGGCAUGUUCUAUGGCAUGAAAUACUUUAAUGAUCUCUUGAUGGAAGCUGGACCAACUGGGAAUGUUCAAUCAGAACUUCUUCUUCAGAAGGACGAGGAUACGUUCACAUUAAAGCAGGGGUGGGCAUUUCCUCGCAAGGUCUACUUUAAUGGUGAAGAAUGCAUGCUGCCACCACCUGAUACAUACCCGGUCCUCCCUAACUCUGCCCCUGUGAACUUAUUGAAUUUCCCAGCAUUCAUUUUCAUAAUGCUUGUCAUGCUAGCUGUUUAGUGAAUUGGCACAUAAGUGAAAGUUGGGAUUGUUUUCUGUAAAAUUUUGAAGCCAAGUUUUCCUACACACCAUGAUGUGGCAUCAGGUACGAAGAUUCUUAAGGAAUUGUUUUAAACGCCAUGCAAAACUCGUGAAUAUGUGUGCUGUGAUUCAUGAGUGCUGAUCGGAUGCUGAAUAGUGAAUAUAAUUCCCAGCAAUGAUUUUUUUGUCUGAAUCAUGUAAAUGCAUAUAUUGCAAUGCUGUAAUGGAUACCACCUCUUUUCCCUUUUAUUCAGUUUCUCUUGAACCAUAUUAUUGAGCAUGAUACAAAAAACAUUUUUAUUCCAUGCUAGUACCUGCUAGUAAAAAGUCCAUCACACCAUUUCAAA